AUGUAUUCCACCCCCUUGAAGAAGAGAGUCGAUUACGAUCGCGAGGCUUUUAAAUUUGCCGGCACUUCAGGACGAAAUUACUURCCGGAUCGAUUAAGAGAUGGCCAAGACCAGCAUAAUCCUAAUUUGUCGAACAGCCCGUUACAAACCAGCAGACUGGACAACAACAUACGGAAGAAGUAUGACGAAGCGGCGAAUGCUGUUGGAUCAGAUUUUCUUGAUAUUAGCACGCAUGUCGAAGUUAGUGCUUUUACUUCUUCUGACCGUUUGCAAUUGGCAAGUAAAUUUGUCCAGGAUCUGAGCCUUGCAGAUAGAAGUACACCAGUACUGGACAAUCCCUCAUACUAUAGUAACGGAGUGAACUACAACUUUACAAAUGAAGUCGGUGGAUUAGGUGCAUUUACUCCUUUUCAAAGACAACAAGUGACAAAUAUACCAGAUGAAGUUGUGUCAGAGGUUUCUAACACAGAAAUAAAAAGUGAUAUGGGUAUAUUUCCGGAAUUGGGCUAUUGCUGGAUCACUUCUGAUAAUAAAUUAAUUCUGUGGAACAUCAAUAAUAGUUCAGAGUUCCAUUGUAUUGAUGAAAUUGAACAUACCAUUUUAAAAGUGAAGUUAGUGAAGCCUAGAUUAAACACAUUUGUUUCCUCUGUCGAAAACCUAUUGAUUGUAGCUACUCUUUUUGAUAUCUACAUCUUGACAAUAUCUUUUGACAGCACCACUCAUAAACUGAAUAUCUUCAAUACCGGAUUAAAGGUGAACGCGACCGGCCUUAACGUUUCUAAUAUAACAAACUAUGAAAAAACUGGACAAAUAUUCUUUACCAGUUCAUCUGAUGGAGUUAACGUAUGGGAGUUGCAAUACAAUUGCUUAGAGAAUUUGUUUAAUAGCAAAUGUAGCAAAGUAUGCUUAACUAAAUCCAACUUAGCAAAUUUGCUACCCACAAGGUUAAUACCUAGUGUACCUGGGAGUAAAAUGAUACUAAGGGUACUGGAGGGAGACGCUAAUGUUGAAGAAGAGACCAUAUUACAGCUUAUAGUUGACCAAUCAAGAGGUGUCUUGCAUACGUUAUCGACAAAAUCAAUCGUUAGAUCUUACCUAAUAACUGCUGAUGGGUUAGAAGGCCCAGUCUUGAUUGAUAUCCCUCAUAUCAGGCGCAGCUUGGGUGCACUGGCUGCAAAAGAUUCUCCGCUACUCACCAGUCGGCUUUUAAAAAUUGUCAAAAUUAUUUCCAUCUCUAAAUGGGAGAAUAAUGAUAUAUUUUUAGCUUUGAUAACUACAGCCGGGGUCCGCUUGUAUUUUAAGGGCUCCACUUCUAAGAAAUCAAUUAGUUCCCUAAAGCUAGUCUCUUUAAAAUGUCCUCCUGCUAAUCCAUUUGACAAGUUUCAAAAAACUGGUUUUUCUGCCGUCAAUCAGAAGUCACUAUACUCAAAGGGUCCAAGUCCACUCUCGGCGCAAAAAAAUAGUUCCGUCUACAUCGAUACCACUGAUGCAAGUACCAUAAUAUCGCCAGGGGUAUUUUUCACAUCCGUACGUAAGACUAAUAAUUCCGAGAUAUUAUCAAACAACCUUUCCCAAGCACAUUUGCUGGAAAAUAAGGAGGAACACAAGCUUUAUGUGAGUGUACCAGACUAUGGUAUAUUAAAAAAUUACGGCAAGUAUGUUGAAAAUACUGCACUACUUGACACAACAGAUGAAAUAAAAGAAAUUGUUUCCUUGACCAAAUGUUUCAAUAAUACUUUGACUCCACAUGGUUACUCUAAUGUGUUUGCCUCACAAUAUAACGCGGAGCCCUUAAAAAUUGCUGUUUUAACAAGCAAUGCCGUUGAAAUAUAUGGAUAUCGUAAGCCUGAUGAAAUCUUCGAAAGCCUGAUUGAGAAUCCUCUACCCUUUAUUCACAACUAUGGGUUAUCUGAGGCUUGCUCUACGGCUCUUUAUUUAACUUGCAGGUUCAAUAAGUCCGAACAUGUUAAAGCAAGCGCCUUAGGUUUCUUAGCAGCCGGUAUCCCUGGGGUAAUUGAGAUAAAGCCAAAAUAUUUUGGAGAUAGUGGCAGUUUAUCGUCAACCACACCAAACGAACUUAAUGAAUCCAAUGACGGUAAUGGAAUUGUGCUGUCUCCUAGAUUCUACGGUUCUGCACUAUUGGUUACAAGAUUAUUUAGCCAAAUAUGGGAAGAAAAGGUAUUCACCUUUAAAAUGAUUCCUAAAACAGAAAAAAUUAACACGUUUGGUAUUUCCAUAACUAGACCACAAGUUGAGUACUAUUUAUCAUCGAUAUCCGUUUUGGCUGACUUCUUUAACAUUCACCGCUCUUCCUUUGUUUCAUUUUUGGCUCCAAGUGAUGCCAAUGUUACAACGGCAUCGGACGCAGAGUCGAUUGCUAUGGAUGCUCUUAUCGUGUUGAUCAACUCUAUAAAAGAUGCACUCUCCCUAUUAAAUGUGUUUUAUGAAGAGAUGGACGCUUUUAAAUCUUUGUUAUAUACACUAAUGGGUGAAAGGGGUAUUUAUGAUUCAAAAACACGUGAUUAUUUUUUUAACUUACGGUUCCAUGAUCUAUUUACACCUAAUACAGAGACAAAACAAAUAAUAAAAGAGUUUUUAAUAGAAAUUGUCAAUGCCAAUAUUACUAGAGGAUCAUCAGCAGAUUAUAUUAUGAACGUUUUAAAGGAGCGUUGCGGAUCCUUUUGCCGUGGUGUGGACAUUUUAUGUUUCAGAGCAGGAGAACAUUUGGAAGCAGCACAGAAAUUUGAAGUGCUAGAUUCUAAAUUAUCAAGGAACCACCUAGAUUCUGCCGUAGAUCUUUAUGAAAGAUGUUCUGAGAGUAUGGAAAUAAACGAACUGAAACGUAUAGUUGAUGUUAUGGUAAAAUUAAACUACCAGCCUAGUACUGCUGAAUUUUUGCUAAGAGUUGCAGACGGAAUUGAUAAAGAAAAUCAAGCCCAAAGAUACGCAACUGAAGGUUGCAGAAUUAAUGAUCCCAGGAAAAAAUUUUAUGACAAACGUAUCAGUGUGUAUAAUUUGAUCUUUGACAUAUUAAAGACCGUUGAUGAAAAUACUUUUAUUGAACAUUCUAGUUCAGUGGGAAAGAUUACGGUUUCUUCUCCAGCGAUGUCAUUGAAGGAAAGAGUUUAUUCGACGAUAUUGAACAGUAAUAACGGAUUUUUCCAUUACUGUUUCUACGAUUGGUUAGUCCAAAAUGGAAGAGAAAACGACUUACUCCAAUUAGAUUCUCAAUUUAUUUUAUCCUACUUGAAAGAGAAAGCAGAAAAGUCGUUGGAAACUUCUAAUUUAUUGUGGAUUUACUUAUCCAAAAAAAAACAUUUCUUUGAAGCUGCCACUGUUUUAUAUGCAUUGGCUAAUUCUGAUUUCGAUUUGAAGUUGAGUGAUAGAAUCGAGUGCCUAGCGAGAGCAAAUGGGUUUUGUGACAGUUCUUCUUCCUUCGACCAGAAGCCCGCAUUGGUCCAACUAUCAGACAGUAUUCACGAAUUAUUUGAUAUCACUGCUAUUCAGGACGACAUACUUACUCUGGUGGAAAAUGAAACGAGGAUUAACGAAGAUCACAAGAAGGAAUUGAUUUCUAAACUCAAUGGAAAAGUGCUUCCCCUUUCCUAUCUUUUCAAUGAUUGUGCAGAUCCGUUAGGAUACCAUGAAAUAAAUUUAAGAAUAUUCAAGGCUUCAGGUUUAAGAGAUGAAAGUGUCAUUCGAAGAGAAUGGGAUCUACUGUUCGAUGCUAUUAAAAUGAAACUUUUGCCUGAUGGAAAAUGUGGGGACCCAGAAUCUUUCAUUUCUAAAAUUUCAAGCGCUCUGAUUCGAGUUGGUAAGAUAACACACGAUACAGAGAUAAUAUUUCCAGUUCAUUUCCUAAUGAAUAAGGUAUUCGCAUUUAUUUCUGAUGAGACACCAGCUAAUAAUAUUCCAGAUAGAUCUGUCCGGUCAAUUUUUAUAUCAGCAGGAGUAUCCUAUUUGAAAAUUUAUUACACUUUGAAAGAUAUCAUAAAGAACUCAGAAGGAAGCACCGAAUUGGCAAAGAAUGAGAUGGUAUUGUUAAUCAAGGAAUGGUAUCAAAAUGAUACAGAGUUAAGUGGUUCUAUUCCGUUGGAUCAAAUUAAAGGAUUGGAGAAAUACGAUCUAGGCGCCGAUCCUGUUCAGAAUUAUGUGAAAAACAGUCAACAUAGCAAGAAAUAA